AUGUUGAACGGCAGUGGAAUUAAGAUCUUUUCGGGGACAAGCCAUCCAGAGCUUGCCGAGAUUAUUGCACGACGCAUCGGUUUACCCCUCUCCAAGGCAGAGAUUACACGAAGCGGGAUUGGCGAGACGAACGUCAGGAUUACCGAGUCUGUCCGCGAGGACGAUGUGUACAUUAUCAAUACUGGUUGUGGAGCUGUUAACACCUCUCUUAUGGAGCUGUGCAUCAUGAUCCAUGCCUGCAAAAUUGCCAGCGCAAAACGAAUUACGGCUGUCAUUCCUCUCUUUCCAUAUGCGCGGCAAGACAAGAAGGACAAGAGCCGGGCGCCUAUUACUGCCAAGCUGGUGGCGAACAUGAUACAGAAAGCUGGAUGUGACCACGUUAUCACGAUGGAUCUACACGCUUCUCAGAUUCAGGGUUUCUUUGAUGUUCCACUGUAUGCCGAACCAUCAGCAAUUCUGUACAUUAGGACACAUUUCAACGUUGAAGAUGUGGUAAUUGUAUCACCAGAUGCUGGGGGAGCUAAAAGGGCGACCUCGAUAGCAGACCGGCUUGGCGUUGACUUUGCAUUGUUCCACAAAGAACGCAAAAAAGCGAACGAAGUGUCGCGGAUGGUGCUGGUAGGGAAUGUCAAGGACAAAAUUGCGAUCCUGGUAGACGACAUGGCGGACACAUGCGGGACACUCUGCCUCGCGGCGUCGCACCUGUCUGAGGCGGGGGCGCAGAAGGUGUUUGGAUUCGUGACGCACGGGAUUCUGAGCGGGAAUGCGCUGGCCACGAUCGCGGAGAGCAACCUGGAGAAGCUGAUCGUGACGAACACGCUGCCGCAGAACGCUAACCAGGCAGCAUGCAAGAAAAUAGAGGUAAUUGACAUUGGAAAGGUGCUCGGGGAGGUGAUACGACGCAGCCACUAUGGGGAGAGUGUGUCCAAGCUGUUCCACGAGGUGCCGUACUAG